UGCGCGACAAGCGUGACUGGCGUUGGGGGCGGGGCUAUGCAAAUAUUUCCCUAUGGGGAGGAGGAACGAGACUCAGCUGCGAGUUGGGGAUAGGAUGCCUCUUUGGGGGCGUGGCUUAUGGAGCCUCACUUUCCCGCCGACGGUUGGCCACGUCACGUGACAUGGGUUGGAAGAUGGCGUCUCCCACAGACGGGACAGAUUUGGAAGCAUCUUUGCUAAGUUUUGAAAAACUUGACCGUGCCUCACCAGAUCUUUGGCCAGAACAAUUACCAGGUGUUGCUGAAUUUGCAGCUUCCUUCAAAAGUCCUAUUACUAGCUCUCCGCCUAAAUGGAUGGCUGAAAUAGAACGUGAUGACAUUGACAUGUUGAAAGAACUGGGGAGCCUCACCACAGCUAAUUUGAUGGAGAAGGUACGAGGUCUACAGAACCUGGCCUAUCAGCUGGGGCUGGAUGAGUAUAGCUUUUUCUCAGCACUGGGAAAGAUGGCCAAAAGGAGAUCCAGUUUAUAUAUUUUUGAAUCUCAUCCCAAAAGAAGAAUGUUUCAAAAGAAAGUUGCUGGGGAAGACUUUGACUGUUCUGUGUUGAUUCUCAUACCCAUCCUUGAGCCAGUCCUUUUUCCAGUUGUCCAGAAGCACUGUGAUUGAUGGACCAGGACUGGGUCCAUUCAGACACAGAAUAGAGAGGUUGGUCUGACCCAAAUUUUGUGGAAUGGGAGGUAAGAAUUGGUUCCCCGAAGGAAGGGAUAUAUGACAGACCAAGAACAUAUCUGCUUCCAUGAGUAAUGCCUUAAAAUUUCUUGUUUUAUGCCUGUCUGCUCUCCAUUCUCUUAAUAUACAUUUUUUAUUCAUUACAUCUCUUCUCAUAUUGUAUUCAUUACAAAAGUGGAAAAGGAAUUGUAGAAAGUUCUCACUUUGUAAUUGAAAGAAGAAAUACUCAACAUAAAUGCAGUGGUUAGAACCUAUUCUCAGGGACUACUUCAGACCAUCAUUAAAUCUAUAAUCUUGAGAGUCCUAUUAGGUUGUAUAGAUUUCUUCAAAAAUGCAAGUUUCAUACUAAUUGGUGCAAUUCUAAAAAUAGUCUUGUUACUUGUUUUUCUUGUUUCUUUAGAGCAUAGUGUUUGUUCACAGCAUUGAUUUAAGU